GACGACACGCGUGGGUGAUAGAUCGCAGUGCCGCAACGGCACCCGGACAGCACACGAGUCGAGUGAGUUCUCACCAACCCCUUCUUCGUGGGAAGGCUCGGCGUCGGCGCGCGUCGCCGGCGAAUGAAGCAAGUUAGCCGCGUCGAGCGAUGGCAACGUGCAUCAGCGAACAGAUACCCUCCGCGUCGGUGAAUGUCGCGAGGAAGCCGGCCUCGUCGACGGCCGCUGCCGCCGGCAAGCCGACCUGCUGGCAACACCGGCUGCUCGGCAAACAGCUCGCGCGCUGCAGCCAGGUUAACAACGCGCGCCAAGACGCAAAGACAAAGCCGCUCGACGCGACCGCCUCGCUCGUCAGCGAAGACGGCCGGCCGGUAUGCGAGAUCAUCGGCAUGUACUUCAGUUUCGUGAACCCCGGUGCCACCUGCGACGACUUCACGCGUCAGCUGGUCGAGCUCUACGAGAGUGUCAAUGCGGAAGAGCGGAGAAAGAGAUUCGAGGUGGUGCACGUGGUCCUCUGGAGCAACGUGACCGACGUGCUCGACUUUGAGGAGAGCUUCCGCGUCCACGUAGCCGAUCUACCUUGGCUCGCGGUGCCGAACAAUGACUACGAGAGGAAGACCAGAUUGACUCGAAGGUAUCGGAUAAAGGCGGGCGUACCAACGUUGAUUUUACUAGAGGGCUCAAACGGAUCUAUAGUGACGAGAGGAGGAGUUGAACGAACUGUCGCCGAUCCUACCGGUGCAGAAUUCCCUUGGAGACCUCCACAUCCAAAAGCUGCCCUUGAGGAUGGACCUCUCUUGCCAUGCGGUGGCCGGGACAGCAAUGAACCGAUGUUGCACGAGGAACUCCGCCACUGUUUCAAAGGAGUUUAUUUCAGUGCACAUUGGUGUCCUCCUUGUAAAGCUUUUACACCGCAACUCGUGGAUACAUAUCAACGAAUCCGGGAGAGAGGCCAUGAUUUUGAAGUAAUCUUCGUGAGUUCGGACAGGAGCGAGGACUCUUACAAUGCGUACACGGAGACAAUGCCUUGGUUGAAGAUACCUUUUAGCCAGGAAGAGAGACGUCGGAAAUUGGCGAGAGCUCUCGACGUUCAAGCAAUACCUACUCUGGUCAUUCUGGAUCCUCGCGACAAUAUAAUCACUCUAGAUGGACGCACCGAGCUGAUUGAAGAUCCGGAGGGCCUGAAUUUUCCCUGGACAAGCAGAAUGGUGAAUAUCUUGACAGAAAAAUAUGCUACAUCGUUACACGAUGCUCCGGCCAUUAUCUUAUUUGUUGAGGGUGAAGACUGCGAGAUUCAAUUCGGGGAAAGCGUAUUACUGCCAACAGCACAAGCGUAUAGAAGGGAUCGGCCAGACUAUGAUCCAAACUAUGAUGAUCCUGACGACGAUACCUUGCAAUUUUAUAUAGCUUUAGAUUGUGAAACGUCCGAUAUUCUUCGUGAAUUCAUUGGUUUGGAUGACGCGGUACCUCUUUUGACUGCUAUUGACAUUCCACGAGGAAUUUACGUGGUGAUGGAGGAUGGUGCUGAAAUUACCGUGGAUUCUGUACAACAGUUCGUUGAUGGAUUUCUCAAUAACAAAUUGCCGACUAAUAAAAUAGCGGCAGUCCGCAAGACAUCAAAAACCGAACAUGUGCCGGCCUAAAGCCAUACAAGAUAUGUUAAUUAAGCGAGAUAUUUCUAUUUGUCAGAUUUUUAUAAGAGAAGGAGUUGCUCGAGUGUCAGAUAAAAACAAGUCCCUCUCCUCCUUUUUUACUCCUGUCUCUGUGAUACUGUCACUCUUUUCGUAGGAAGAAUUCCGCGCGUAAAUCGUACUCUGUUUUGCAUAAUCCUCUGCGGAUGUAACCAAAAGAUGUAUGUAUUAUACCAUAGCCAAAAAUAAAUCGAUCAAAUUGUAUUUUUAAGUGUACACACGCACACGAAUACGUUAAUAUAUUAUAUAUUACUUAAUAAAUGCCGAGUGGGCGCACUUUGAA